GGUAUUUUUUAAUGUGGUGGUGUAACAUUGUUAAACUUAUAAAUAUUAUAAUCACGCUCCGUAAAAGGACAUAUUUGAUUAAUUUUCCAAACGGAGUGUAUUGUUGUAUGAUAGGAAGUUAGGAUGAGUACGAAUUUGAAAAUUUGGCGCGAAUCUGCUAGUUUAAUAAUUGCGGCAAAAUCAAACUUCUCGCAGUCGCAUCUAUUUAAUUAUAAAGUUUUGUGUCUACAGCGCAGUGGUAAAUCGGGAAUUUUACCAAAUGUUUAUGUUUUUCCGGGUGGGAAUAUAUCCAAAAGUGAUGGUAAUAUUCGCUGGUUACAAAUCUUUGAAAAAUUUGGACACAAAUUAGAUUCAUUCAAACAGCUUUACCCAAAAGAGAAUAUCCCACCAAUUUUAAAUAAUACUGACAAAAAUUGUUUACCAAGAUAUCUGUCUUUGAGAAUAUGUGCUAUUAGAGAAACUUUUGAAGAAUGUGGUAUUUUAAUUUGCAAAAGUGGUAAAGUAAAUUACACGCACAAUUCAUCCACAUGGGCUUCUUAUAUUGGAGGUCAUGAAAUCUUAAAAUGGCAACACCGGGUCCAUGAUAAUCCAAACGAAUUCUUAAAUUUAUGUUCGCAAUUUGAAUUAUACCCAGACGUAUGGUCGUUGAAAAAUUGGAGCAACUGGAUGACGCCCCCAGCUAUACCAAUCAGAUUUGACACCAUGUUCUUUUUUUCAACAUUCAAUCAAAUGCCAGAUGUACAUAGAGAAGAAAAUGAGAUUCAAAAUAUUAAGUGGGCUACUCCAGAUGAAUACAUAGUCUUGAACAGCAAUGAAAAAAUUAUGCUUCCUGUUCCACAGUUUUAUGAAAUUUCAAGGAUAAGAAAUUUUAAUGAUAUCAAUACCCUUUCCGAACAUACCUCGAAAAGAUCGUGUUACGGAUGUGAAAAGUAUUUUCCAUACAGAGUAAACAGUAAGGAAGGUUUGUACACUAUAUUUCCAGGCGACGACAUGUACCCAAAAUCCAUCGAUAAAGAAAAUAUUAAUGUCGAAUUUAUUAAGGAACUUCCAAUUUGUCAAGUUCAAAACAGGUUAUUGAUGAAUGGGGACUAUCACAAGAAAAUUUUUAUUAAAAAUUUUACACCAAAAGAUAAGCAUCUACCACCACUGAUCAGUACGUAAUGUUUUGUACCGUUUGAUAUGUAUCGAUUCUGCAUUAAUAUUUUAUUACAACCUAAGGGGAGUAUA